CGGCAGGAGGAAGGAGUCUGCGGCGUCGAGUGCAUGAGGGUGGUUGUGACGGCGGUGCUGUUUUGGACGUCACGGAGCCACGGAGGAGGAGGAAGAGGGGGAGGAUCAGCAGCCUGUGGAGUUCAUGAAGUGUCCGUAUCAAGAGAACUCACGACAACUCUGCAUCUGACGGCGGAUCGUAAAGGGAAAAGUACGACUAGCCAUGACUGAGAACGAGCACCCAGCAGUCACCAACUUCAGAGAGUACAUCAGGAUCAGAACAGUCCAACCAAACCCAGAUUAUGGAGCAGUAAGCUCCGCAGGCCUGGGUUCGAAUCCCAGCUCAGGCAGUCGAUCGGUGUGCAGCUCACCCAACUGUUCAUCCUCCCCUUCAUGCUGGUUGAUAAAUGAGUACCUGGGGAAACCUGGGGAAGCAACUUGUACUGAGUUCCUGGAGCAUCAGGGCAGGGAGCUGGGGGCCAAGGUGCAGGUGUUGGAGUGUGUGCCGGGGAGGCCCAUUGUCAUCAUGACUUUGGAGGGCCAGGACCCCGCGCUGCCUUCACUCCUCCUCAACUCUCACACAGAUGUUGUGCCAGUCUUCCCAGAGCACUGGAAACAUGAGCCAUUCAGUGCCCACAAGGACGAGGAAGGGAACAUCUAUGGCCGGGGCACUCAGGACAUGAAGAGUGUGGCCAUGCAGUACUUGGAGGCACUGAAGCAGCUCAAGAAGGAUGGACAAACAUUCCUCAGGACCAUCCAUUUAACUUUUGUGCCAGAUGAGGAAACUGAUGGCAAAGGUACUCAAGCGCUUCUAAAGAUGGAUUACUUCAAGAAGAUGAACGUUGGUUUUGCUCUGGAUGAAGGGUACGCCAGCACCUCGGAGAACUUCUUGGUGUUUUACGGUGAAAGGCACUCCUGGUAUGUGUAUGUGAGGUGCAGCGGACAGCCAGGUCACGGGUCACAGUUCCUGCCCAACACCGCGGGGGAGAAGCUCCUCAGGGUGAUCAACUCCUUCCUCUCCUUCCGGGACAAGGAGGAGCGCAGGAUGAAGGACAACCCAGACCUCCCCCUCGGGCAUGUCACCACCCUCAACCUUACCAUGCUGGAGGGAGGUGUCCAGUUCAGUGUGGUGCCUGCGCAGCUGUCCGUGGGAUUUGAUAUUCGCAUUCCGCCAAUGGUGGAUGUGGUUGAAUUUGAAAACAUGUUACGGGGUUGGUGCCGAGAUGCCGGAGAGGGCGUGGUCUUGGAGAUUGUAGAUUCGGCCACAGCCACAAACAUGACGUGUGUGGAGGACGGGCAGAGUCCUUGGUGGGAUGCCUUCUCUCAAGCCUGCAAGAAGGAAAAAAUAACCAUCCAUAAGGAAAUUUUUCCAGCCUGUACCGACAGCAGAUUCCUGAGAGAGCUUGGCAUCCCGGCUCUUGGAUUUUCCCCAAUGAACAACACGCCGCGUCUCCUGCACGACCACAAUGAAUUCAUCAGUGAGAAGGUCUUCCUGCAGGGCAUCCAGAUUUAUGUAUCCAUCAUCUCUGCUCUUGCCAAUGUCAAGGCUGAGCCCUAGUGAAUAUCAAGACGGAGGAAGUGGUGGACAAAUUUGUAAAUUAAUUAGUUGCAGAGCACUGGAGCUCUUGAAGCAUGUGGUCCUGGUGGGCGUUUGAGGGCGACGACAACACCUCUCCACUUGCUGCCCCAGAUGAAGAUGACACUUCCACGUCACACCUUUCGUCUUCACAGGCAGAAUCUAUACCAAGCAUACUGCUAGAUCUCCUGCAGUUCACAUCAAGGAGUGAGAGUAAUCAGGCAGAAGAAAGUCUAUGGAGUUCAUCUCUCAUGAGUUGUCAUGUUGAUUCAAGAUGGUAUUAUUUUGCUUAAUUCUUUACAAUGCAUGCACACUUUGAGUCCUGUUCAGGAGACAAACUUCUAAGAUUUGAAUAGUUUUCAAGUUAAUAAAAUUGUCUUGGAUAAAUAUCAGGGAGAAUAUGAAUAAACUGUUCACAUUAAGAUUUCCAGCUGAAUUUAUCACAGUGUUAAAGAUUGUCUUUUCUACUGCACUUUAUGUCCCACUGCAGGGAGUCACUACCACUAGUGCCUUAGUAUUUGAGCACAAUAUUAUCAGAGAUUUUUGGAACCAACAGGAUCAUGCUAAAAUAACAGCCGAUGCUUUUCAAACCAACCCUUUAUUGUUACUAUGCCAAUACCUUGAAGAGUCUCCAGAGAACUACCAUUCUGUUUAUGGGAUUUAUAAAAUUAAAAAAAAAAAAAAAAAAAAAAA